AUGGGAAUUAAGUAUGUUUUAUUAGUGAGUAGACAAGGUAAAUUGAGACUUGCAAAAUGGUUUAAUACAUUAUCAACGAAAGAGAAACAAAAGAUAGUCAAAGAAGCCACUCAAAUGGUUCUUUCAAGAAGAACAAAAAUGUGUAACUUCUUGGAAUAUAAAGAUGAAAAAAUUGUUUAUAGAAGAUAUGCAAGUUUAUUCUUUGUUACAGGAAUUUCUGAUACGGAUAAUGAACUUUUAACGCUUGAAAUUAUUCAUCGUUAUGUGGAGAUUUUAGAUCGUUAUUUUGGAAAUGCAUAUUUUGUAUUGGAUGAAUUAAUUAUUGCAGGAGAAAUGCAAGAAUCAAGUAAAAAAUCAGUAUUAAGAGUUAUUGGUCAGCAAGAUUCUUUAGAAGAAGGUGAAAAUGGUGAAAAGGGUUGGCCAGAGAAAAAGUCAUAA